AUGAGUUUUAGCCGUCUGUAUCGCCUGCUGAAGCCAGCGCUACUUUGCGGGGCUCUGGCUGCGCCGGGCCUGGCUAGCACCAUGGUACCCUGGGCUGGGCGAGUGGGCCGAGCGGCUGCGGACGCCACGCCCCGAGGUCAGUCGGCCGCUCAGCCAGCUCUUGCCUUGCAGUGCGCGUCCCGCGACGACUGGCGCUGUGCUCGCUCCAUGCACGAAUUCUCAGCCAAGGACAUCGACGGGCGCAUGGUUAACCUGGACAAGUACCGGGGCCACGUGUGCAUCGUCACCAAUGUGGCCUCGCAAUGA